AAGCAGAAUAUCAAAAGAUCAUUGACACAUUGACAUGCAAACAUGUGAGAAGUGCGCAAAGUUGGUAAAUUGGAGUGGUGCAACUUGAUCAAACAAAACAAUAAUUUUGGCGUUUAAAUAAUUUGUCUAAAUCAGACGGUGUCAUAACUCGAAUAAUACGUGUUAGUUAAUAUUUUUUAAAAACUUCAAAUGUUUGAAUAGGGUAGCGAUGAACGUCGACGAUGAUAAUCUCUACGAAGAUUCAGGAAACGAAACAAGUGGAGAUGAUGUUGAUUUUGUAAUAGAGGUAGAUACGGCUUCGCACAGUAAAGAACUGCAGUGCUAUGAUGAGGAAUAUCAGUAUGAGGUAUUAUCUACCGACGACAUAGUCCAGCACAUGAUUGAUUGCAUUAAAGAAGUUAACACUGUAGUCCAAAUACCAUCCACAACGACGAGGAUACUUUUGAACUACUUUCAUUGGGAUAAGGAGAAACUCAUGGAAAAAUUCUUUGAUGGGAAUCAAGAUGAACUGUUUAGAGAAGCUCAUGUUAUUAAUCCUUUCAAAAAAGUCAACGUAGCAAAACCUAAAAUAGCAAAUAAGGCUUUGGGUACUGAAGAAUGUGACAUUUGUUUUAUGAUAUUCUCUUCUUCCCAAAUGACAGGUUUAGAAUGUGGUCACAGAUUUUGUUAUCAAUGUUGGAAUGAGUAUUUAACAACAAAAAUUAUGGAAGAAGGAGUAGGACAAACAAUAGCAUGUGCAGCACAUAAUUGUCCUAUUUUAGUAGAUGAUCAGACUGCUAUGAGGCUAGUGAAAGACCCUAGAGUGAAGCUCAAAUAUCAACAUCUUAUUACAAAUAGUUUUGUUGAAUGUAACCGCUUGUUAAGGUGGUGCCCCAGUCCAGAUUGUAGUUAUGCUGUAAAGGUUGCUUAUGUAGAAGCCAAGCCAGUAGCCUGCAAAUGCAGUAACGUUUUUUGCUUCGCAUGUGGAGAAAACUGGCACGAUCCCGUCAAAUGUGGUUUAUUAAAAAAGUGGCAAAAGAAAUGCGAUGAUGAUUCUGAAACAUCAAAUUGGAUAGCAGCUAACACUAAGGAGUGCCCAAAAUGUAAUGCCACAAUCGAAAAAGAUGGUGGUUGCAAUCACAUGGUGUGCAAAAACCAAAAUUGCAAGGCAGACUUCUGCUGGGUAUGUCUUGGACCAUGGGAGCCACAUGGAAGUUCUUGGUAUAAUUGUAAUAGGUAUGAUGAAGAUGAGGCGAAAGCUGCUAGAGAUGCACAGGAAAAAUCCCGAGCAGCUUUACAAAGAUACUUGUUUUACUGCAAUAGGUACAUGAAUCACAUGCAAUCUUUAAAGUUUGAACAUAAACUGUACGCGUCGGUUAAAGAUAAAAUGGAAGAGAUGCAGCAACACAAUAUGAGUUGGAUAGAAGUACAGUUUCUAAAAAAGGCUGUAGAUAUACUUUGUCAAUGUCGGCAAACGUUAAUGUACACCUACGUGUUUGCUUACUACUUAAAGAAAAACAAUCAGUCUGUGAUAUUUGAAGAUAACCAAAAAGAUCUUGAAAGGGCCACAGAGCUCUUGAGUGAGUAUCUUGAGAGAGAUAUUACACAAGAAAAUUUAAUAGAUAUAAAACAAAAGGUGCAAGAUAAAUAUAGAUACUGUGAUGGAAGGAGGAUGGCGUUACUCGACCAUGUCCAUGAAGGUUACGAAAAGGACUGGUGGGUCUAUAGCGAAUGAAUUUCAAUAUCGAAUUAAUAUGGUUUUGGGUGUACCUCGUUCAUUCCUGUAAUGGUACUAAUAAUUAUUACUUGAUUUAUUUAUAAUUAAAAUGGCUAUAUUUCUUAAACAUAUUUUUUACUCAUACUUCCUUUCCACUAAAUUCAUUUUCAAAUACUCAGGAAGUGUAUUAAAACAAAAUAAUACUUUCGUUAAAAGUUGUUUUAAUUAUUGUUUUUAUUCGUGUUAAAAUAGAAAACAAGUUGAUUCUCUGAUUUAAAGCUCAAAUUUAAUCUUUUAUUUUUUUAUAAAAAGUCAUUACAUUGUGAUUUUUAUAAAAGGAAAUACAUAAAUACAAAUUAAAGUUUAUUAAAAGCAAAAAUACCCCUAAGUAUCUAUUAUUCAAAUCAUUUGCCUGCAUCUUCCUUUAAUCCAACAGUUUGGUUGAUAACGAGCUAAAAACAAAAAUAAGUAUUCAUUUAUUGCUAACACUUCAAAAAGACUUAUCCCUGAAUUGUUUAAUUUUAUUAAAGAAUAAUUAAUAAAUUAGGAUUCUUGUAGUGUAGCCUAAAUUUUGAUAUUUUUCUCAUUAAGUCAAUUCAAAUGAAAUAAACCCAAUAUAAAACACCUACCUAC